AUGCACCGAUAAUUAAAUGAUAUCCACGACAAUGAUCGAGAAAGAGCAAGGAGCAUCAUUAAGAAUUUGUUUAAGAAUAAGAAAAUCAUGCUUCAAAAUCCGUACUUUUGUAAAGUUCCAAAGGAAGAGGAUGUGCUUGAUUUACCUUCAAGAGUGUUGUUUAAUAUAGCUUAAAUAAGUGAAGAUGACAUUAAUGUUCUAGAUAAUGAGAAUGAAUUUUACUAGGAAUUACAAAAGAUAAAACAUAAAAAUGAGCAGAGAUAUGAUUCUAAAAUCCGAGCUUUUCCUAAUCAUGAGGAAAUGAUGAAGCGUGUUAAGUCCUAGAUUGAAAGAAAAUAAUAACAAAAACAAAGAAAAAAUAGCAAUAUGAAUCAAACCUAGUUCAUUCCAAAAUAAAUUUCCACAAUCUAAGAUAGUAUAUUGCCCCUUUAAAAACAUAAAAGGAAUAUCACUUUCUCUGAACCAUACAUAGAAAAGAAAAGUACAGUAAGAACCGAGGAAUUUCGAGAUACGUUCUAGAGUGGCAAGUUGAUUACCUUGUUAGACAAUUAGCAAUAAUUUUCAGAAGACUUUUCUUAAUAGAAUAAUUUGAAAGGUCUUAAACAUCUAUAAAGAAAAUUUCUUGAACAAAAGAUCAGAGCAAAUCUAAUCAGAACUAGCUUCUCAACCAAAGAUAAAAUUAUCCUAGGCGAGAGAAAAAAAGAAAUGAGAUAAUCAGGUAUUCUAUAGGAGAAUAAAAAUCAAAAGAAAGUAUCUUAGCUCCUCGCGAAAUAUCUAACUAAAUAUUUAAAUGAUGGAGAAGUUUCUUGA